CGGUCGGCUGAUUAGUCCACUUCUUUAUGAACGAACGAGUACCUUGCUGCGUGCUUGUCAAGGAUGAGCUCAAAUCCUAGACCUUCAAAAGCUCGAAAGUCAACAAUCAAUUACCACCGUCUUCCAUUAGAUGAGCACCACUCAGAUGUGUUUCUGUCAAAGGAUCCUAGUGCCAAUCAUCAAUCACAAAGUACUCAAUCAAGCAGCAGAUAUACUGAUAGAAGAUUAACUACUCCUCAGUUAGCAUCGGCGUUGACAGGGGUCUGGAACCUUGUUCGCCACCCAGAAUCUUCUGCCACAGAUCCAAGAUCCGAGAGCUAUGGGAUUUUGCACAAGGAAGACCCUGCGUGCUUUAGCAGGGACCGAGAAGGGCACACAUUGACAUCUUGCUGUGCUGAAAGCUCAACUGACCACAACUUGCAAACCUCUUCAUCAACACCAAAGUCAAUUCAUGAAGAACUUAGUUCAGUGAAGAAGAUGUUAAUGCUUACAUCAUUCAGCAACAUGGUUGGUGUUUCUUCCGCAUGGAGAUAUGAGUACCUUGUCAAUAAAGUAGGGAACAGGCAUUUGUUGCAAUGCCAAGAUAUAUGCCCACCUAUGCAAACUGAAAAGAUAGGAACUUAUGCCGCUUCCGGCAAUAUGGACAUGAACGAGGCAAGGGAUGAUAACUAUCAGUGCCAAUCAAGAAACAUGCCAGCUGAUCAACGCACCAGCUCAAAUGAGGAGGCCAAUAUCACACAUGCCUGUCAAAGUUUUGUACACGAUGCCAACUCAAAAGUAGAUGUCCCUGGAGAAUAUUCUAAUUCAUUAGCUUGCUCAUCUCAGCAAAUGGAAAUUUGCAAAGAGGGAAGGACAAUCUCGGAACAACAUAUUCCCCGUGCAUGUGAACAUAUUCAGCUUCAAGACUCGGCGUGCACACUGGCGGGUGUUGCUGUUGUUCCACCAAAUGCAGAUCAGUAUGCUUAUGGGGAAUAUAUGACUCAGCAGCAUUCUGUAGACAAAUGUUCACCAGAGUUUGAAUCAUCCUCUCAGCCUCGAUUUCAUGGUGCUAUUACCGCGAACAAGCAUGCUGUCGCGGGAGCAGUAGCUGGGACAGUUGUCAGUGUUUCUUUGCAUCCAGUUGAUACAGUGAAAACCAUUAUUCAGGCUAACAGUUCUGGACAAAAUUCAUUUUACCACAUACUGAGGCGCACCCUUGUUGAAAGAGGUGUUUUAGGACUUUAUGGAGGGCUUGCUAGCAAAAUUGCUUGUUCUGCGCCAAUUUCAGCUAUUUAUACCUUAACUUACGAAAUAGUGAAGGGUGCUCUUCUGCCUACUUUGCCAAAGGACUAUCAUUCCGUUGCUCAUUGCGCUGCUGGUGGUUGUUCUAGUAUUGCAACAUCCUUUGUUUUUACACCCAGCGAAUGCAUAAAACAACAGAUGCAAGUGGGUUCACAGUAUCAGAAUUGCUGGAAGGCUUUGGUAGGAUGUCUUCAAAGGGGUGGCAUUACUUCGUUGUAUGCUGGAUGGGGUGCUGUUCUUUGCAGAAAUAUCCCACAUUCUAUAGUGAAGUUCUAUGCCUACGAGAGUUUGAAGCAGUUUCUGUUGAAUGAUUCAGCUGCUAAUAAUGCUAAACUCGAUUCUGGCCAGACACUUUUUUGUGGAGGUUUUGCUGGGUCAACUGCUGCUCUGUUUACGACUCCGUUCGAUGUUGUGAAGACACGGGUACAGUUACAGGCACUCAGCCCUGUUAGGAAGUAUGAAGGGGUUCGUCAUGCACUUACUCAAAUUUUUCAAGAAGAAGGAUUGCGGGGUCUUUACAGGGGCUUAACUCCAAGGUUGGUUAUGUAUGUAUCGCAAGGGGCGCUAUUUUUUACAUCCUAUGAGUUUCUCAAAACAAUUAUGUUUCCUGAACAAGAGCUUCCUGCAAUGAAUGCUUGAUCAUAGAAGUGAAGGACUCAUUGCGGUCCAGUGAAUUUUCUAGGUCGAUCUUGUGUACUAACAUCUGGGAUUGCCCGACCAGAGAAUUGGUGUAGUUGUGGAUACCAAACCAUCCUUAGGUCUUGUAGCAAACUAGUGUACAUCGUGUUUUUUGAUACAUAGACAUUAGACAGCCAUACUUGGUUGGUAGUAACCAUUUUUGAGUAGAAACCCGAGAUCUAGGCAACAGGAAUUUUGUACAUGAGGAAGCUUGACAUGUAAAUUUCCUUGUGGGAGAACGUGUGAAUAUGAGUGUAUCUUGGUUUUGUAUUCUUACAGAAAAGGAAGUCAAAUUUGUUUUUUAA